AUCAUAGUUGUCAUUCUGUUAGUACUCCGUUGGGCCCUAACCCUUGACGGGCUGCUCGAAGGCCAUUACGCAGAUAGUGCGGGCAGGAAUAGAGUAACCUCUUACACUUGUCAGGGUUAGCAGUUUGUGGAAGCAGGCGUUCAACUACGCGCGGCGCGGUCCCGGGCGCUGCCAUUGUGUCGAGGGUGUUACAACUCGUGCUUUAACUAUUAAAGCGGGCACAAAGACAAUUUGGCAUUGCGGAUGCGGGAAAGAAGUGCCUGACCGUCUUCGGUUUCAGGACCCUUACUUGUAUCAUUAUUGCGGCUUCUUACGUACAGCCAGGAAAGAUGAAGUUCGGCAAAGUCCUCAAAGUUAGCUCGGAAAACAUGCCGGCCGACAUGCGCGACCUCUUCCUGCGCUACAAGGAGCUCAAGAAGCAGAUCAAGGCCAUACCAGUGAACGCUGACGCGGCGGCUGGGGCCGAGAAGCACACGAGCACGUCCUUUGACGCCAGCACCGCCGGCAGCGUCAGCACCGGGGCUCCCAUGGCAUCCAUGGCUGUGCUGUCGCCCGAGGAACAGGCCUUCAUUACCACACUGAACGAGGAUCUUGCGCGCUUCAACCGCUACUUCAUAGAGAAGGAGGAGGAGGCGGUCAUUCGGCUUCAGGCGCUAUGUGAUGAGGUGGCGGCUGCGGCAGCGGCCCUAGGACUGCAGCUGCCGCCCGGCCUGGUGAACGGAACCUUUUCGGACACUGAGGACGCACCGGCAGCUACGGCGGCAACGGCCCGGCACCCCGCCCCGCAGCGACCCCAACAGCAGCAGCCACCGCCACCGCAUCAGCAUCAGCAGCAGGCCCAGGGAGACGUGGCGGAGGCAGUGCUGGUAGCGCCGUGUUGUGGUCUGGAGCCAGCCACCGCAAGGGAAGCAGCAGCAGCAGCGGGAGCUGCGGGUGCUGUGGGGGCGCAACAAGACGUGGACACGGACACUCCAGCAGCAGCAGCUGCUGAAGCCAGCGGCUUGGAACUAGGGGAAGGAGGCGCGGCUCAGGAAGCCCCAGUGGACGAGCAGCAACGGUUACAGCAACAGCCGCCGCAUCACCAGCACCAUCACCACCACCGCCACGACCAUUUGCAUGAAAUAAAAGCCCGGCUGGUUCAGUUCCACGGGGAGAUGGUGCUGCUGCUGCACUGGAGCCUGCUGAACUACGCGGCGGUUGUCAAAAUCCUGAAGAAACACGACAAGCGCUCAGGCGUGUUGCUGCGCGCGCCGUACCUUGCCAAUGUGCUGCAGCAGCCCUUCUCCUCAACCACCAUCAUGAGUCGUCUGGCCAAGCGAGCAGAGCAGCUGGUGGUGCUCACGACGCAGAUGGCGCCCGCACCUCAGCAGCAGCUAGCCGCCUUGCGGCCUGGAGCUCCUUCUACGGCUGCUGCUGCUCAUGCUGCUGGUGCCGGUGGCGAUGCCGGCGUUGACAUGGUAGUGCCCUCAGCUGAGGCGGCGGCCCGCGCUCUCCAGGGUGACGUCGCAGCAGCGAGGCCGCAUGCAGCGGAGUCGGAGGGUGCGGCCACUACCGCUGUUGCUUUUGCUCCAGGGAUGGGGACAGCGGGUGCUGCGGGCGUGGAGGAGGGCGCGGCGGCAAGGGUGCCGUUGGGGGCGGCCCGGGGCGCAGCGACGUCUGCUUCGGAGGCAUCGUCGCUGACGUACGUUGCGGAGCGGGGAGAGGGGGCGUUUGCGGCGGGCAAGCAUGCGGAGCCGCUCGUGGGUCGCACCAUGCACGCGCUGGAGACGUGGGCCAACCUUCGGAAGAACGCCAUCACGCCCUCCACUGUCAUCGCUGCAGCGGAGGUGGAGCAGCCGGCGCCGGCACCGCUACUGCAGCCGUGUGCGAAGCGCAGGGCCGAGACAUCUGCUGCGUCUGAAGCUGAGGCGGAAGCAGACAUUGCCGGUGGGCACGUUGCCAAGCUGGCUAAAACGGGCGACGCAGGGGUGACGUCGCAAUAAGCGGUUACAUGUAUGGAUUUUGUGUCCGUUGGCGCGUGACAGGCGCCCCGGCAUCUUCCUUCACCUUUAUCCUUUGCGUAACAUGAGGCAUGUCCUUACCUUCUGAUGCUCGGUGUUUGCUCGGGUUAAAAACUGUACUACAGAAUUACGUCGUCGUUCUGGAUUUUUGAAGCGCGAGUGGUUGGCGUCUUCUCGUGUGGCGUUGGCUGGACUUCCGAGCCCUUUGCAAGUGCGGGGGCGGCGGGCGGUGGUAACGAUGCCUCGCCUUGAGUUAGUUUUAAGUUAAGUGCGUUACGUAAGCGGCAAACAUCCUGAACGGGUUUGAAAUAUUGGUCAUCAUCUCAUCUAGUUGCCUUUGUCUCGAUAGGACACCCGAGGGUCAAACCCGUCGUUAUUGGAUGGCUUAAUAAGCGCUUGCACUCGGGCCUAUGCAUGCGCUGCUGAAUGCAUCGGUAGUUUGGGUUGGAGGGCAGGCUGCUGAUGUGGCUUGGACUGGAAGGUAAAGAGGAAGGAACUGACGAGCUGUACGACAAGGGGACUCGAAGCGAGCACUUCGCAUGCAUGGUCGGAUGAGAUGUCGGGUAUGUGGGCCUUACACGUCAAACCUAGCUGUCCUGAAGUUUGUCAUGGUAAGAGCGUCCACAACAACUAGUACGACGUAAUGUAUCCGUAGCAAACGGGCAUGUCAGGGGUUUGGGCAUAAUAAUAUAUGAUGGGCCACACACCUGGUCCACACCGGUUGGUCCAUUGAACGCUUGCUCGGACAGCGCACAUGGCUGGGAAGCCAGCCGGCGUUUAUUUAGUACCGGUAUCCAAGAUGUCUUCAUGGAAGGCGUGAAGGGUGUUUCUUGCUUUAGCUGCCGUGAUGCGUUACAGCAGAUAAUGUAAGCCGAAGCCAACCA